AAGAGGGUGAUAAUAUACUGAUAGACAGGGAGCCUGAGGGAGGUGACGACACCGUCUCAUCUGGCACGCAGCCUUCGCGUAGGCGGGCGAACGCCACCGAGAUCCGAUCGUCGGCGAUCCCAUCACCGCCUCCCCUUCUUUUCUCUCGGCUAUGCCCCCGCCCCCGGAUCGAUUCCCUCUCACCGGAGCUACGCGUAGCUGAGGGAUCGAUCCCAUCGCCCUCACUUCUCUUCUCCUCUUAUCUUCGAGAUCCAAUCCAGGAGGCGGAGAUCGGAGAGCAAGAAAUCUCCUCGGGUUUCUUGAUUAGGUUGUGCUGGUUGUUUGGAUCGAGAGUUGGAUGGCUUCGGCGAAGUCUUCGCGAUCUAGGGCGUCGGGGCCCUUGGGGCUGGUCACCACCACGGGGCUCUACCAGACGGCAAAUGGGGCGGCCGCCCAGGAGAGCGGGGUGCAGCUCGUGGAUAAGUUGAAGAUCUUCAAGACCAAUAAUUUCGAUCCGGAUGCGUACGUGCAGUCUAAAUGCCAGACUAUGAACGAGAAGGAAAUAAGGCACCUGUGCUCUUAUCUGCAAGAUUUAAAGAAGGCUUCUGCAGAAGAAAUGCGUAGAAGUGUUUAUGCUAACUAUGCAGCAUUUAUUAGAACAUCCAAGGAAAUAUCAGAUCUAGAAGGCGAGCUUUUGUCCAUCAGAAAUCUGCUAUCUACUCAGGCAGCUUUAAUUCAUGGUUUAGCUGAAGGUGUUCACAUUGAUUCCUUGUCUGCUGGCUCUGAAGGUUCUGCAGAGCAUGAUGUAUCAAAUAUUGAAGACCGAGAGGCUACAGAUAUAGAGAAAUGGUCGGCAGAGUUUCCUGAUAUGCUUGAUGUUUUGCUAGCUGAGAGGAGAGUGGAUGAAGCUUUGGAUGCCCUGGAUGAAGCAGAACGUAUAGCUGCAGAAGCAAAACAAAACCAAACUCUAACUGCUGUUCAACUCUUGUCACUGCGGACUGCUAUUCAAGAUCAUUGCCAAAAAUUAGCUGAUCAGCUUGCUGAAGCCGCCUGCCAAUCAUCUACUCGUGGUGUCGAACUUCGUGCAGCUGCUUCGGCUCUCAAAAGGCUUGGUGAUGGUCCCCGUGCUCAUAGUUUGCUGCUUAAUGCUCAUAAUCAACGGCUUCAAUAUAACUUGCAAACUAUUCAUCCAACUAGCAGUUCAUAUGGAGGAGCAUAUACUGCUGCUCUAUCGCAGCAAGUUUUUUCUGCCAUUGCUCAAGCUGUGAGUGACUCUUUAGAGGUCUUUGGUGAUGAGCCAGCAUAUGCAUCUGAACUGGUAAGAUGGUCUACAAAGCAAGCAGAGGCUUUUGCACAUCUUGUUAAAAGACAUGCAUUGGCCUCAUCUGCAGCUGCUGGAGGCUUAAGAGCUGCUGCAGAAUGUGUUCAGAUAGCUAUUGGUCAUUGUUCCUUGUUGGAGGCCCGUGGGCUAUCACUUUCUUCUGUUCUUCUAAAGCUUUUCAGGCCCAGUGUUGAGCAAGCACUAGAUGCUAAUUUAAAGCGAAUUGAAGAAAGUACUGCUGCGUUAGCAGCUGCCGAUGAUUGGGUACUUAUGUAUCCACCAGCUAGUACACGUACAUCUGGUAGAACCUCUGCUACAACUAUGGGCAUCCAGCCUAAACUCUCGAGCAGUGCACAUCGUUUCAAUUCAAUGGUUCAGGACUUUUUUGAGGAUGUAGGCCCACUCCUAACUAUGCAGUUGGGUGGUUCCACAAUGGAUGGCCUUUUAAAAGUCUUCAAUUCCUAUAUCAAUUUGCUCAUAAAUGCGUUACCAGGUUCUAUGGAAGAUGAGGCAAAUCUGGAAGGUUCUGGGAAUAAAAUUGUUAGAAUUGCAGAAACUGAAGCACAACAAUUAGCUUUAUUAGCAAAUGCAUCUUUACUAGCUGAAGAGUUGCUACCUCGAGCAGCUAUGAAGCUUUCCUCCAUUUACCAGGCUGGUGGUGUUGAUGAUUCUCGUAGAAGAACUUCAGACAGACAUAAUCGUAUUCCAGAACAAAGAGAAUGGAAAAGAAAGCUUCAGCGCUCUGUUGAUAGAUUGAGAGAUAGUUUCUGUAGGCAGCACGCACUCGAUCUUAUCUUCACAGAAGAUGGUGAUACACAUCUGAGUGCAGAAAUGUACAUUAGUAUGGAUGGAAAUGUUGAGGAGCCAGAGUGGGCUCCCUCUCAAAUAUUUCAGGAACUAUAUGCAAAACUUAAUCGGAUGGCAAGCAUAGCUGCAGAUAUGUUUGUCGGCAGGGAAAGAUUUGCUACCUUGCUAAUGAUGAGACUCACUGAGACGGUCAUAUUGUGGCUCUCAGAAGAUCAGAGCUUCUGGGAGGAUAUUGAAGAGGGACCGAGACCUUUGGGUCCCCUUGGUCUUCAGCAGUUUUAUUUGGAUAUGCAGUUUGUAAUCCUUUUUGGACAAGGCCGGUUCUUAUCCCGGCAUGUGCAUCAAGUUAUUAUUGACAUAAUCGAUAGAGCUAUGGCUGCAUUUUCUGCAACUGGAAUGAAUCCUGACAGCGUGCUACCUAGUGAUGAUUGGUUCGUCGACAUUGCUCAAGAAACUAUAAGUAGGAUAAGUGGCAAAGCUAGAAUGGCCAAUGGAGAUCGGGAACUCAACAGCCCAACUGCCUCUGUGUCAGCACAGUCUAUGUCAUCAGUUAGAUCUCAUGGGAGUACUUAAGUGUGCAGUUAUUUUUGUAAACAGGUCCUUGUAUAAUAAGCAAUGAUUUAUUUGUUUGUUUUUUCUUGUGUUACAUUUUGCGCUAGAGUAGAUCAUGAUCGGUCUUGUUUAGGGAAAUCUUCGUAUCAUUAUUCUUGGAGUUUUGAGUCUGUGAAACAUUGUGCCAGCAUACAGCCCAGACUCCACACUGUACCAUUCUUUCACCACUUUGGCCAUGGGAAUCAAUUUUUAAUUUGUCAUAUGCCUCACUAAUAGAGGACUAGGGGUUUUCUCUCCUCUUUCUAUUUUUUUCCCCCAUAGCGAAUUGUAUUACUUUGCAUAUGCUGAUCUAACAGUGCGCGAACAUGUAUCGUCUAUGUGCAGUUCAAUUUUGAGUGUGAAGUUUUAAUUUGGAGGAAUGA